GCUCUACUCCACUCCUCCCCGGCCUCUCCGGCCUCUCCUCCUGGUGCAGCACCAAACCGUAUAUAAAAGACCACUCCACCUCCCAUCUCCAAACCAACCUAGCCAUCCAACACAACACAAGCUAAGUUGCCUCUCAUCACCUUCUCCUUGGGUUAGAUUGAUAGCUAGACCAGACACACGUACGCUAGAUUGACCGGUCUGAUAGAUAGAUAGAUAGAUAGAUAGAAAGAUACAAGGAUCCAUUAGUUUCUGAUUAUUAACAGCGAUGGAGAAGGUGAUGAUGAGCAGGAAGCCGGGCGACUGGAGUUGCAGGUCGUGCCAGUACCUCAACUUCUGCAAACGGGACGCUUGCCAGCGAUGCGGCGAGGCUAAGCUGGGCGCCGAGCGGCCGGACUACGCGGCCAUGGGCGGCAGCUGGGAAGUCAAGCCCGGCGAUUGGUACUGCGGCUGCUGCGGCGUCAACAACUACGCCAAUCGCGCCAGCUGCUUCAAGUGCAGCGCCGCAAAGACAGACUCCGCUGCCGUGGCGCACAACUGGGGGUUCAACGCCGCCGGCCAGGCCGGCUGGAAGGCCGGCGACUGGAUCUGCCCCAGACUGGAUUGUAACGUGCAAAACUACGCCAACAGAACCGAGUGCUUCCGCUGCAAUGCGCCCAAAUCAUACUAUGGUUAAAAAACAGGCCUGAAAAAAAAUUAAAAAAAUGGAAGUAUUAUUGGAGCAAAGAACAAUCACGAGUCCUCAAGGAUUUUUCUUUUUUUUUCUCCUUAAGAAAAACCUUCGCCAACCCGAGGGUUUAGUCAUGUGGAAGAGGAGCGGUAAGCCGCCGCUCAGACUCAGAAAAGGGAGAUAAGUGGGCACAAACGUGUACAUGUGCGCGUGUGUUUGGGCUGAGGACCAAUAUCCGAUUUUCCUUUUUCAGUAAAAGAAAGAGAAAAUUCCAGUUUGGCUUCA